AUGUGCGAGUUAAGCCUUGCCACAAGACGAGAGCAUCCCGAAGACUUCAAUGCAACUCAAGGGAGUGUGUACUUUGAUGCAGAUGAGGACACAUCUCGCUACUCACUGACUGAUAGCCCCUUGGAUCGCUACAGAAGUUGCAAGAUGCUGUUAGAUGCCGGUUAUCGUUCAAGCUGCAUCUACACAAUCUACCCAGAAGGAUUCAGUGAUGGCGGUCUUCGUGUCUACUGUGACAUGGAAACUGACGGCGGAGGAUGGAUCGUGUUUCAGAGGCGACAAGAUGGCAGUGUGGACUUCUACCGCAACUGGACCGAGUACCAGUCUGGCUUUGGCGAUCUGUCCGGUGAGUUCUGGUUGGGAAAUGACAACUUGGUGACUCUGACGUCUGAUGAUUCACGUGGAACAUGGGAGCUACGCGUUGAUUUAGAGGACCGGGAGGGCAACACGGCAUGGGCAAAGUACGCAGAUUUCCAAAUAUCCCUGGGUGAGUACAAUCUGAAUAUUGGCCAAUACGAUGCCAGCAGCACUGCCGGUGACUCUCUUGCGUAUCACAGCGGACGUCCCUUCUCAACAAACGAUCGUGACAAUGAUGCAUGGGGAUCAAAUUGUGCACAAUCCCGCCACGGAGCCUGGUGGUUUGUUAUGUGUUCGCGGUCCCACUUGAAUGGUCGAUUUACCAAACUGGGGGCAGUGGAAAUAACGUGUAUUGGCACCACUGGAAAGGCAAUUUAUCUCUGAAAACCUGCCAGAUGAAACUCUGUGAGA